GCCGCUAGGACUGCCCCCUACUUGCGGGGCUUGGGCUGGGGGGCUCCUUCCUCUCAGAGAGCUGCCAGGCUCCGGCUCCAGAGGCCUUGUGGGCAGGCCGUCGCCCCUCUGCGUGUCCCUGGGCCUGAGGGGGAGCGCCUUCCCCCCGAGAGGGGCUGUGGGCCGGGAGCGGUCUGCAGGCGCAAUGAUUUGCGGCCUCCACCUUUGCCUCUCUUCGCAGGUGACGGAGGAAGCAGGCCCCAAGGAGCAGGGGUGUGAAGGAAGCUGGGGCCUCAGCAUCUCCCUGCCCUGUCAUCACCUUGCUGUCUGGGCUCAAGGAGAUGCUACCCGGCUACAUGCCUCCGGUUGGAGUCACUCGGCCGAGCUGGUGAGGCCAGUACUGGGAUCGAAGCCCUCUGUGUGGCAGCUGGACCUGUGAAGAUGGAGGUGUAGGCUUGGACCAGUCCCAUACCAGUCAGGGUUUGGUACAGCCCUGAGGGACUGCCUGGUUGGAUAUGCUUGUCUCUCUGAGUAUUUUGCAGCUUGGAAUCCAAAAGUAAUGAGAAAGCCAGAAGGCAAAGCUAACUAAACAACUAUAGGAGAGGAGGAAUAGUCAAGGGACCAGUCUAAGGCUUGGGUGACCAGCAUUUCUCCGAUAGAGUGGUGAUCUCCUUGCGUGGACCAUGGAUCUAGGGUGUGCCAAGCACAGGAUGAAGCUGCCUUUUAUUCCAGGCCAUCAAGAUAAGUUUCUAAGUUUGGACCCCUUAGUUCAAAAUGAAGAUGAAGAAGGUCUCUAUGGUUUUCUCUGUUUGAGGUGCAAUGUGGCUAGUUCUGAAGAUGAGCCUGACUAUGCAUUAAUAGCAGAUGACAGUCCACCUGCCUUGAAAGAACCUUUCUGUGAGCAGACAAUAAAAAGCAAAACUCUGAGAAUCUGGAAGUAUCAUUCAAGUGUUAUCAGCUUCAGUGACAACUGUGUCUGGUGCCGAGGGGGGCUUGUUAAAGGGAAGGGACUUCCGAGCAAUGGGAAUAUGUUUGAUUUGAACAACCCUGCUCGGCUGCAGUGCAGAUGCACACGUGAACCAGGUGAAAGAGCCUGUUUGGAAGGGCAGAUUAAACAGCACAGUCCAGAAGUGAUUGGAAACCAGGACAUCCUGGAUUGGGACAGUGAUGGAGCUGGAAACUGCGUAUGUACUCAGAACCAGUCAAACCACAGUGAAGUGGAGACAAAACUUUGCUGUGUGUGCUCCAUAUCACUUACAGAGAACAAAGAUGUAGAAGUCGAGGCCAAGGAGGCUUGUGACUGGCUGCGGGCAGCAGGAUUUCCUCAGUAUGCACAGCUUUAUGAAGCCUCGCUGUUCCCUAUUGAUAUCACCUCUGUGAAGACUGACCACAGCUUUUUGGACGAGGACUCCCUCACAUCUCUGUGCAGGAGGCUGAUGACCCUGAACACAUGUGCUACCAUGAAGCUGGAAGUCCACUGUGAGCAGAAACAGAAUGAAGACUCAGAUGAAGAUGUAUGUGCCAUCAGCAACCGAUGGACCUUCCAGAAGGACAGUAAAAGGUGGUCCAGGAUUGGCUCUGUUGAGUCCCUCUCCCACAGUUCAGAGGUGCUGAUCACUGUAAAGGAGGCAUCCAGCCAUGAGAGUGUCCUCACAGACCUCAGCACCAAUGUGGAGGCUGCUUCACUCCAUAGCAAUACCAGCACAGGCAGCACCGGUGACACCCUCUGCAGCGUGGUCACCAUGCCUGACCUGUCACCCAACCAGGACUCUGCAGUCAUUACCUUCACCUCUAGUAGCCAGUCUCUAACAGACAAAUCCCAAGACCAGACUGGGAGCUCCAAGGAUAAGCUCAAAAAGCGGAGGUCUCGCAGCUUUCUACGGAGGAUAGAGUCUUUCCGAAGAAAGAAAAAAGAGAAAACUGAUUCCAGACCUAAGGAAGCCACUAGCGAUGAGACGGCAACCGAACCAGAGUGUGAUUCCGUGGAGGCCAACGGGGACAUUAUAGCUGCCAAGCCUACCUCCCCCAGACAAAGAAUGUCUCCCUCCCUCCUUGACAAAAACCUGUUUCUGUCAGGAGGAGAUGGGGUUGAACAUGUAUCAGACUUAAAAGGCAACAAAACAGGCUGUCAACUGAAAAACAGUGGGGUUGACCUGGAGCAACGUAGAAAGGUCCUGGUAAAUGGCACUAGCUCAUCCAUUGGAGAAAGCCACCAGUGGCAUCCAUACAGUGACUAUUUGAUCCACAUUCCUGCAGACCACAAGCCAGGGACUUUCCCCAAAUCUCUCUCCAUUGAAAGCUUGUGUCAUCCAUGUGACAGGUCCUUGACCAACUGGACACCAGGGAACAAAGCAAGGGAGUUUUCAGAGUUCAGCCUGGAUGACAGUAGCAGUGGCUCGGCAGACUCUCCUCAAAUGAGCUCUGGGUCCCGUCGGAGGCGGAAUUCAUGCAGCUCCAUCAGCAGCAUAAUGAGUGUGUAUGACAAUGUGCCCCAAGGUGCCAGCAGCAAAGAACAGCUUGAUUCCGUCUUGGAGUAUGUCCUGCAUUUGGUAGAGAGAGUGGACAGCUGGUAUCAGGCUAUCAUCCCUACGCAAGACAGUGAAGCAGGGAGGAGGGAGGAGACAGACUCAGGUGGAAAAGUAGAGAGGAAGGAGAAGACAGACUUAGGCAGAGAAGCAGAGAGGAAGGUCAAGGAAGACUUAGGUGGAGAAGCAGGUAGGAAAGAGGAGACAGACUCAGAUGGGGAAGCAGAGAGGAAAGAAGAGACAGACUCUGGAGAGGAGCCUGCCUUUCUGUCCAGUCUCAACUUGGAAAAGCAGUCCAUGUCUGACGUUGGCACCUCCACCAGCGACUUUGGCAGUACAGGCCAUUCCUUGAACGAAGCUGAGGAGAUCGAGAUGAGGGAGCGCAGAGAUUCAGGAGUGGGAGCAUCGCUCACCAGACCUUGCAGGAAGCUGCGCUGGUACAGUUUCCAGAACUCCCAGCCCUGUUUGGAUUCUGCUUCCUUGGAGAUCAACUGCCAGUCAUCUGCUCAGCUGAACCUGCUCCAGAAAUGCUCACUGCUUCGCCUUACUGCCAUCAUGGAGAAGGAUUCUAUGUCCCAGAAACAUGCCUGGACAUGGACUGUGCCCAAAUUCAUGAAGAGGAGUAAAACCCCAGACUACAAGGACAAAAUGGUCUUUGGAGUCUCACUAAUGGUCACCGUGCAGAGGACAGGACAACCCCUGCCUCGGGGCAUCCAGCAAGCCAUGCUUUACAUCCGCAGCAAGUGCCUAGACCAGGUUGGCAUUUUCCGAAAGUCAGGGUCGAAGUCUCGGAUCCAAGCACUGAGAGACUUGAAUGAAGCUUCCCCCAACAAUGUGAAUUAUGACGGGCAAUCUGCUUAUGAUGUGGCGGACAUGCUGAAGCAGUAUUUCCGCGACCUGCCAGAGCCUAUCUUCACUAGCAAGCUCACUGACACUUUCCUGCAGAUCUACCAGUUUGUCCCAGCAGAGCAAAGGCUGCAAGCUGUCCAGGCUGCCAUUCUCCUGAUGCCAGAUGCAAACCGGGAGGUGCUGCAGGCACUUCUCUACUUCCUAAGCGACAUUGCCUCAGUGGAGGUGAAUCAGAUGACACCCAGGAACUUGGCAGUGUGUCUGGCCCCAUCCAUCUUCCACCUCAACGUGUCCUCCUCACCAAGGGUGGCUCACAAGAAAGGCCCCAUGGGAAAGCCAGACCAGAAGGAGCUGGAUGAGAAUAUGGCUGCCACCCAGGGCCUCUGCCACAUGAUCACAGACUGCAAGAAACUGUUCCAGAUCCCCAAAGACAUGAUGCUCCAGCUUUGCAAUUCCUACCUGGCAGCAGAUGCCUGCGCACUCCCUCAGGCUGAGCCCACACACCAGAAUGUGCAAGGGGAGUGCAAGGAUCUUCAAUUUUUUUUGGAUGACAGCAUGCAGAGCCUUCUCAAGGAGUCAUCAGAGAAGUUUAAGGGGUGGCUCAGCACACCAGGGCCCCAGAACACAGAGAUAUCAUGCAAGAAGGUCGGUGAUGGGCAUCCUCUGCGCUUAUGGAGGGUUUUCACAGAGGUAGAGGCCCCUCCCAAUACAGUGCUCUACAGGAUACUUCGGGAGCGACACCUCUGGGACAAGGAUCUUCUGCAGAGCAAUGUUAUUGAAACCCUAGAGAACAACAUGGAGAUUUACCAUUACGUCACAGGCAGCAUGCCGCCCCAACCCCACAGGGACUUCAUCCUUUUCAGGAAGUGGCACACAGAUCUACCUCAGGGGACCUGCUUGCUUGUCUCCACGUCAAUGGAUUGCGAGAAGCUGAAAGUGGAAGGAGUCAGGGCAAUGGUGCUAACCUCCCAGUACCUGAUUGAACCAUGUGGCAUGGGCCGGUCCAAGCUGAUGCACAUCUGCCGAGCUGAUCUCAGGGGACGGUCUCCAGACUGGUAUAACAAGGCAUAUGGACAUAUAUGUGCAAUUGAGUUGGCCAGGAUCCGUGAUUCUUUCCCCACACUUACUCCAACUGGACCUGAGACCAUGGUCUGAGCAGCUGUCACCUUGCUUUGGCAGAAGUGGGACAGAAGGAGGUCAAGUUUAGAAAGAUGGUUCCCUUGUUAGCAAAAACAAGAGCAAAUAAGUUUCUUAUGUAUAAAUACUGUACAUUUAGAAUAUUAAUAUAUAAGCCAGGUGGUAGAGCUGAGUGAUGUUCACUCUUAAGAGAUGUGUAUUUUGUAUUUAAGGGACAGGUUUUUUUUGUAUUGACUCAGAAUGGGGCUUGUGUUUCCUCAUCUGUGUAAUAAUAAAAUCUUAACAGCA